UGUUACGUUAUAUGUAUCACACUUUGGUUGACAUAACGUGAGGUUCACCUUGUUGUAAUAGGAAAAGUAAGCUUAUCUUUUUUCCAGGCAAGAGUAAGUUUCAAGUAAAGUUUUCCCCAGUUUCGUUUGUCUUUGUUCUCCUGUGUGGAUCACAGCCGGGAAACAGGGCGCCUCUGCAGCUGCGGCCUCUACUCGCUCUUCUCUAGGCUACUUUGCGCAGGCGCGCUUGCUCCUCUGUGCGCUCUGGACUGUGUUUGCAUUGUGUCUGAACUGCCGGCGAGCUUUAAAAAUAUUCUAGCCUUCCAACCGCGGCAAUGUCGGGCAGGUCGGUCCGAGCGGAGACCCGGAGCAGGGCGAAAGAUGACAUCAAGCGGGUUAUGGCCGCGAUUGAGAAAGUACGGAAAUGGGAAAAGAAGUGGGUGACAGUUGGAGAUACAUCCCUGAGGAUCUUCAAAUGGGUUCCUGUGACUGAGCCCAAGUCAGCAGAUGACAAGAGUAAGAAUAAGAAGAAGGGAAAGGAUGAGAAGUACGGAUCAGAGCUGACCACUCCAGAGAACAGCUCUUCUCCUGGCAUGAUGGACAUGCAUGAUGACAACAGUAACCAGAGUUCCAUUGCUGACUCCUCCCCCGUCAAACAGGAAACCAGCUGUAGCACUAGCCCGGCCCCCGAACAGACUGCUGUAUCCCACGGUGACAGCAGUGAGGCUAAGAACGACCAGAGCCCUGACAGCAAGAGGGCGAAGAACAACCCGUCUACUGAGGGAUCAGACAGGGGACAGAGGGACAAGAGAGACAGCAGCCAGACGUCCUCAGGAAACAAGGACACCUCAGACAGCUGCAAAGCCACUCAGGAAAAGGAAGAAGAGGCUCCUCCCAGCAAGAAGAACAAACUGGAGUCUCCAUCUCAGGACUACGAGGAGAAAUAGACAGAAAUGCUGCACACUUUCCUCUAGCUAUCCUCUUCCACACCUCCCUCUCUUCCUCCCCCUUAGGCCCUAAACACUCCUCUGAGCAGAGGGAGAAAGGACUUAACCUCCCUUCACUGAGCCCUCUCCUCCUCUUUUUCCACACUCACUCACUCCCUCACUAAUGCCACGAGUAGCUCUAUGAACCAGCCUGUUAUCCCCUCCAUGGCCAGGGGUGGCGCUGUGAGCCCAGCUCAGCCCAAAAGAGAAACACUGACCUGCACCUGUGACCCACACACUGACAAUAUGGGACUUAACAUUCUACACUGGCAGCCCACACUAAAGGAGUAGGAAGGAGUUGCCCCUAGACACUAACCUUUGGUCAGUUUCUGUGUUUUCCCCCGAUGGUUAUAAUUGGGAUACAAGGGAAGGUAAACUGACCCUAGAUCUGUGUUUCUAAAGGGCAUCUUCUGACCCAGGAACCAUGUCUAACCUCCCCCUAACUCACCUCUGGUUGUUCAGUGUUUGUUUAGAACAGUUUCUGGUUGUUCCGUUUCGUUUGGGCUUGUUGUUUAGCUCAGGAGGGUCAAUGCACUGUUACGGUUUAAUGUCACAAAAAAGGCCACACCAUGUUUUUACUGCUGCUGCACUAGGUGUGAAUUUCUGUCCAUUUUUAUUUGUAUUUAACUUGUUUCCUAGUGGAAGAACAAACGGUGGUACUAGUCACGUUUAUUGUUCCCCAUAGUUGCAGGGACAGGUUUGUAGCAUUGGUAGUUUUACCUGGCCAUUUCUCUUGGCUGCUACGGUAGAACGUGCUUGGUAGGUCAAACUGUUUUUAAGUACUUUUUUUAGUGCCAUGUUUUUAUUUGCCUUAUGUUUUCAACAUGUCCAGAAUUGAGCUGACACUAAUGACUUUAUAUCAACAUUAACAUUCAACUAUAAAACAGGGUUUUCACUUUGGUUCCCGUUAGAAAGAGGUCAUCGUGUACUUUGGCUACAAAAUCCCACACAGCAGGCACAAACAACUGAACUAUUUCUACAAAUCUCUAAAAGCAGCUUCCCCACUAGCCUGGGUGUGUCAGCGUGUACCCUUUCCCAAAAGAGUUGAGGAGUUCAGUCGAUGUAGGUUGACAUCCAGGCUAUGUCUCCUUACUUGGUCAAAAACAAUGACAGUUUUUAUAUGAUGUCUCUCAAUUAUGGUCUUUGUUCUCAUCUCUGUAGUUUAUAUUUCCUGUGUCUGCCGCUGUCGCCUUCCUGACCUCCCCAUAUCUCACAGCAGAGGAUCCCGUCGUCUCAUAGUUUAAACUGUGGCUCAGAUCCUCACUCAAGGUGCUCAGACCCUCAUUCAAGGUGCUCUCAGUGGGUUGCAACCUAACUUCAGAUUCAGAGGGAACACACAUUCACGCCAUUCUAUCAACUCCUAAAUGAUCACCCUGAAGUCUGUUUGUAUACAGUAUGUUUUGAUUCGGGGCUUAACACUAACUAGUUACAAGCGAUCAAUCAAUAAUUACUCACGUUCCAGGAAAUGAAUUCGGGAGGUCCGAUGUGCACACAGGGAUCUCAAUUGCCUGUUCGACCCGGCUUGUAUCUGUGGAUACACACAUCCAAACAUCAGUUCCAAUGGAGGGAAAUUAAAUGACUUUUCAGUGGAGACAGAGGAUGGCUUAGCAUAUACCUCAUUCUCAGACCAGCAGAGCUGGUACCAGUAAUGUUAUAUAACUGACAGGAGUUAAAGAACCACAUUAUGUUCAAAACUCUGUUUUAGAUUUCUAUCUCAGUUUAUUGUGUUUUAGCUUUCACUUGAUUCUGGUUGCGCCUGUUAAUCCUUCUUGUUUCACUCAUGAAUUGUGUGUAAAGAGCUGUGAGAUGUGAAAACAUGUCAGAUGUUUUAGUGUUUUCUUGGGACCAUGUCGUUUUAAGUUUAGAAUGAUCUUGCACAGGUUGAUGGUUUGGUUUGACUUAUUUAUUCCAUCACUAGUGCUCGGAUUUGAUCAUGUCCAAUGGUUUUUGUUUUAUUAAUAAAAAGCCACAAAACAUU